AUGGAUAGUGCACUAAUACUCAUUGUCAAAGGUGUGGCAAGGAGGUUCACUCUGCUAAGGAUUGUCGGGGUGAAAUUCAGUCGAAGCAGAACUAGGGGAAAUGGUGGUUAUGGACACCAGAAUCAGAACAGCAAUAAUAAAAACAACAGCAAGGGUAAUGGUGGUGGAGCUAAAGGACGCACCUUCACUUUGGGAAAAGGAGAAGCAAGAAACGACUCCAAUGUUGUAAUCGGUAAGUCUCGGCUAAACAAUCAUUUUGCAAAUGUGUUAUUUGAUUCCGGUGUCGUUAGGAGUUUCAUGUCAGAGUCGUUUAGGAAACUGUUAGACGUUACCCAUGUGUCACUAGAAAACAAGUACACCACAGAGUUAGCCGAUGGUAAACCAGCAGUUUUAACUCACACUCUCAACGUGUGCCGGUUAUCUCUGGCUGGUCACGCAUUUGAGAUAGACCUUAUGCCAACUACGUUGGGUAGUUUCGACGUCGUGACUAUCCGCAUUCCACUUUCUAGUGGCGAAACUCUAUCCAUUCAGGGCGAUAGAAGUGGUGUCGUUACGGACAUCAUUUCCUUUAUGCAAGCCCAUAAGUACUUGCGCAAGAAGAAUUCAGUAGCCAUCUUUACCCUUAUCACUGAACAGUCAACGGGUGAGAAGAAGGCCGAUGACUUUCCAAUCGUACGUGACUUCCCUGACGUUUUUCCUGAAGACUUGCCUGGUCGUCCACCACAUAGGCACGUCGAAUUUGAGAUUCAACUGGCGAAUAAUGCAGCUCUAAUCGCUAGAGCUCCUUACCGUCUAGCACCUUUCGAACUGCAAGAGCUAUCUACUCAGCUACAGGAGUUAUUGGAUAAGGGUUUUGUCACAGUCCCCGACCCCACCCUGGGAGCCGAAGCCGUGAACCAGUCAGAUGAUCUCGGUGUUUAUUCGAUACGCAGCAUAUAA